AUGGAUAAAUCUCUCUUUGAAAGGGCGACGGGCGCCCUUGGUCCAAAUGUCUUCGCUAAGCUAGAGACCACCAAGCUCGUUCGAUCCUUUCGACCAGCACCUCACUUUCGAUUUGAUGGUGGACACAAGGGAUCAGCAACAACAGACAGCACUGCUCGAGGAAUCUCGAGGUCUGCACCAGCAAAUCAUGAACAAGGUCAAGAUCUGUGGGCACACCAGGCUGGAGUGAAUGCACUUGCCCUUGAGCGGUUCGAUGGACGAAUACUGAUAUCUGGUGGCUCUGAUGCGACCAUCAAGCUGUGGGACCUCGAGCAAUGCGGCAACCCGCACAACGCCCACACCUACAAGCCCAUUGCAACGAUCCACCGCUCCGACUCUACGGCCAAGGCGCACAAAUUUGGCAUCACCCACCUCUCGAUCUUCCCGAGCGACCCGGGCGCCUUCCUCUCGAGCUCCUACGACCAGACACUCAAGAUAUGGGACACGAGUACCGUGCUCAUGUCAGGAACGUGGGACAUGGGCUCAAAGAUCUACACGCACGCCAUCUCGCCCAUCGCACAACAUCUGCUGGUCGCAUGCGGCACCGCGCACCCGGCCGUCCGUCUCGUGGAUCUGCGCUCGAACGCGGCGGUGCAGACUCUGGUCCCGCCAGGCCAGAUCUCGGGUGGCGGGGCGGUCCUGUCCCUCGCGUGGUCGCCGCGCCACGAGCACGUCCUCGCCAGCGGCACGCUCGACGGCGCCGUGCGCAUCUGGGACGUGCGCCGCGCCAGCGCCCUGCUCGGCCUCCUCGACCAGGAAGACAGCCUCGGCAUCUUCUCGCGCGGUGGCGGCGGCCGCCCCCACAGCCACAGUCCCUGGGACCGUGGCGUCCGCGUCUCGGCCAAGGCGCACGCGGGCCCCGUCAAUGGUCUCACCUGGACCGACGACGGCGCAUACAUUGUGUCUGCCGGUCACGACCGGCGGAUCCGCGUCUGGGACGCAGCGACGAGCGCCAACACGCUUGCGAGCUUCGGCCCGAGCAUCCGCAACGGACAGCUGGCCAGCGUGCCCAUGUUCGUCACGCCGGUGGGCCUGACGCCCGCCAAGAAGGAGCUGCUGUUCUGGCCCAACGAGACCGAGAUUCUGGUCAUGGAUCUGCACGAGGGCACGAUCGUCACCCGCCUGCGAGCGCCCGGCUCCCAGAUCGCAGGCGUCAGAACCACCGGCCGCGCGGGGGAGCGUUCCGUCAGGAACCGCAUCACCGGUCUCGUCUGGCGUGGUGCCGGUGCAUGCGAAGGCAGUGGCUCCAGCGGUAUCGUGGCUGGAGGCACCAACGCGGCUGGCGGUGUCUACAGCGGCCGUACCGAUGGGCAGAUACACGCAUGGAUGCCGCGGUUGCCGGGUCAUGACGGGGAAGAUGCGAUGGAUGAUGUUUCGGAGGAGUCUCGACAGGGACAGGCCAGCAAAAGGAAAGCCCUUGAUGGUGCCUUCAAGAGUUUGAUGGGAACCCAAGUCACAUGGACAUAA